CCGCGACGGCGGCGUCAAGAUGGCGGCGGGGACGGUGGCCGGGAGGGCUCAGUCGGGCGCCCCGCGCGGAGGAGAAGGCGGCUUGGGCUUUUCUGGGCGCCCGCCCAGCCGGCGCGGAGGGCGGCUCUGAGGCGGAAGAAACGAAGGAGAGCGGCAGGGCUGGUGUGGGAUGCCAUGGCAAGCCCAGCCUCCGACAGCAGCGACGAGGAUAGUUUCAUGGCUGUGGACCCCCAGGAGGCAGCAGUGGAGGUAGCAGCUGCAGCUACUGCCUCCAAAAGGAGCAUGGAGCAAGAGGAGGGGCUGCGUGCUGGAAUCCCCCAGGACUCUGAGCCAGAGCCAGAGGGGGGCCAUUCCCUCCGUUCCAUGGAGGAGCUGCCCGAGGAGGUGGUGGAGUACAUCCUCUCCUUCCUCUCCCCGUACCAGGAGCACAAGACGGCCGCCCUGGUCUGCAAGCAGUGGUACCGCCUCAUCAAAGGCGUGGCCCAUCAGUGCUACCAUGGGUUCAUCAAAGCGGUUCAAGAAGGGAACAUCCAGUGGGAGAGCCGCACCUAUCCUUAUCCUGGGACCCCCAUUACUCAGCGCUUCUCACACAGUGCGUGUUACUAUGACCCCAACCAAUCCAUGUACGUCUUUGGGGGCUGCACACAGAGCAGCUGCAAUGCCGCCUUCAAUGAUCUCUGGAGGCUUGACCUGAACAGCAAAGAGUGGAUCCGGCCACUGGCCUCAGGCUCUUACCCUUCGCCAAAGGCAGGGGCCACCCUGGUGGUCUACAAGGACUUGCUGGUGCUCUUUGGGGGCUGGACGCGGCCAAGCCCCUACCCUCUGCACCAGCCAGAGCGGUUCUUUGAUGAGAUUCACACUUACUCGCCCUCCAAAAAUUGGUGGAACUGUGUGGUAACAACCCACGGCCCCCCGCCAAUGGCCGGCCACUCCUCCUGUGUCAUCCGGGACAAGAUGGUUGUUUUUGGGGGCUCCCUCGGGUCCCGGCAGAUGAGCAACGAUGUCUGGGUGCUGGAUCUUGAACACUGGACCUGGUCCAAGCCGAACAUCUCAGGGCCCAGCCCUCACCCGCGAGGGGGCCAGUCACAGAUUGUCAUAGACGAGGAAAGCAUCCUGGUCCUUGGAGGCUGUGGGGGCCCAAACGCGCUCUUCAAGGAUGCCUGGCUGCUGCACAUGAACCCCGACUCCCCCUGGACAUGGCAGCCCCUGAAGGUGGAGAAUGAGGAGCAAGGGGCGCCUGAGCUGUGGUGCCAUCCAGCUUGCCGGGUGGGGCAGUGUGUGGUGGUCUUCAGCCAGGCCCCCAGCGGGAGAGCCCCUCUCAGCCCCAGCUUGAACUCUCGGCCCUCUCCCAUCAGUGCCACCCCACCAGCCCUGGCCCCCGAGACCAGGGAAUACCGCUCCCAGUCUCCGGUCCGGACAGCGGAUGAAGCGCCUUGCGUGAACGGACGGUGGGGCACGCUCCGGCCCCGUGCGCAGAGGCAGACGCCCUCAGGCUCCCGGGAGGGCAGCCUCUCGCCUGCUAGAGAGGACGGCUCGCCCAUGGCGAAUGGCAGCGGGGGCGUAUCUCCUGGGCCCCUCGCCCUGGGGGCCAGUGUCGGCGGCAGUGGCGGGGCCUCCUUGGAUAGCCCCCUCCAGCUCCUUUCCCCCAGCACCCCCUCCGCCUCAGACGGAUACGACUUGAGGGCGGGAGGCCUUUCCCCAGCCCCUCGGAGGGGCUCCCUCCCCGACCAGAAGGACUUGCGGCUGGUUGCGGCAGAUCUGAACUGGGAACCAAAGCCCCUUCACCAGCCGGCCUGUCCGACCGAGGCCACGGAGGGCAGGACGCUCUGCCUCAGGAAUCCUCCGGAGCACACCAACGGCAUCCACACGCCCCCGCCUCCCCCCAUGCCCAGCUCCUUGGCAGGGGCCGUCUCCCCUGGCGCUCUUCGGCGGAGCCUGGAGGCAGUGAAGGCUCUCGGGGGCCAAGGCGGGGCCCCGGCUGCCCUCAGCCCCCCCUUGGGCUCCUUGCCGGGAUCCCCGGGCGGCCCUGGUGCGUCGGAGGGGGCAGCGUUGCCCGCCAUCCCCCGGCCCAGCUCUGCCCAAGGGGACGGGCACGCCUUGGCUCCCAUCGCCCGCCGCCUGGGCCACCACCCGCCCCAGUCUCUGAACGUGGGGAAGCCCCUCUACCAGAGCCUGAACUGCAAGCCCAUGCAGAUGUACGUGCUGGACGUGAAGGACAUCCAGGGGCGCGGGAGGGUCCAGUGGAAGGCCUUCAGCAACGCCUCCUCCUCUGUGGUGGGGCCCCCCGAGACCAGCCUCCACACGGUAGUCCAGGGCCGGGGAGAGGUCAUCAUCUUUGGCGGCCUGAUGGACAAGAAGCAGAAUGUCAAGUACUACCCCAAAACAAACGCCUUGUACUUCGUCCGGGCGAAGAGAUGAUGGGCCACGCGCUGCAGACGCACGCCCCGCCACCCCUCCCUCCAUCCCCUUGGACCCCCAAGACUCCCACCCUCACCCCCCACCCCUUAGUGCUCUGCGAAGUGGGUUGUGAGUUUGGGGUGCCACCCACCCUCCAAUAAAAAGAUCUGAGCAAACAACCCCCAGGCCUCCCCUCUG